AUGCCUUCGGGAAGCUGCUGGUGUGGCGCAUGUGCAUACAGUUAUUCUGGGGAACCCGCAUUGAAGGCACUCUGUCAUUGCACCACAUGUCGCAAAGUUUCCGGUAGUAGCAAUACCACCAACUACGCUAUUCCUGGUGGAAACUUUACCUGGGAAAAGGGCAAUCCGACUAAAUUCGCAAAGGAGCAUGAAUCUGGAAUGAUCCUUACCAUUUACUUCUGCCCACACUGUGGAAGCACUCUGUACAAGGAGGGAAGUGCGGACAUGUUCAAGGGAUUGAAACUCGUCCAGGCGGGAACACUGCAUGAUAAUAAUCUGCUGAACUCGGGCUUCGCGGCAGAGUUGUAUGUGAGCGAGAGAGCUUCUUGGCUGGCAAAGGUGGAUGGCGCAGCUGAGAUGGCAACCUUUACCAAUGAUGAAAAGGCAUCCUUGUAG